AUAAUAUCAAACAGAUGAGAAUAAACCCAAUAGAGAAAGACGUCGAAACCUAAAAGGAGGAAGGGUGGGCAAUGGGUUCUAAGGUCUCGGAAGGAAGAGAGUAGCGAUUUAAGUCCGUUUGAAAGUCGUUCCCACCCUGGUCUUAAAUUUGGAUUCCACUACAAAUCGCAUUCGGCAGGAAGCAUGCCUAAAGUGAGGACUAACCGUAUCAAAUACCCAGAUGGAUGGGAGUUGGUUGAGCCUACUCUUGGUGAGCUAGAUGCCAAAAUGAGAGAAGUCCAAAAUGAUCCACAUGAUGGAAAGAGAAAUUGUGAAGGCUUAUGGCCUAUUUUCAAAAUCACACAUCAAAAGAGUCGCUACAUUUAUGAUCUUUACUACAAGAGGAAUGAAAUUUCUAAAGAGCUGUACGAGUUCUGCUUGGAUCAGGGCCAUGCAGAUCGCAAUCUUAUUGCAAAGUGGAAGAAGUCAGGAUAUGAGCGCCUUUGCUGCCUACGGUGCAUGCAGCCCCGAGAUCACAACUUUGGCACAACCUGUGUGUGUCGCGUUCCCAAACACUUGAGAGAAGAGAAAAUUGUGGAGUGUGUGCAUUGUGGCUGUAAGGGCUGUGCAAGUGGGGAUUGAUUGAUGAUUUGUAUGAUGUUAACAUUAUCGUUUGUGUUUUCCUUGUUUCUAGAGUUCAUGGUUUGAAACUUUUGCAGCUUACUUCUUAGUCCCCUUCACAGGCUGAUACUUGCUUUUGCUAACUGUAUUCGUUCAAUAGACUUGUGAACGCAUUAACUAAAUGGAGUCCGACUAAAAUGGAUGAAAAAGCAGGCUUGAUUAGUCAAAUUUCUGGCUAAAUUGUUAUGAAUACUAUAAACCUUCGUGGUUCCAACUUUAAA